AUGGCAUCUCGAAAAAAGAAACUACCCCAGGAGGGUACCCUCAGUUCGGCUGAGGGAGAAUCCCUCCCUGUGGCUACGGCUGCAGGCUGCCCCUCGUAUUCUGGGGGGGGCAAGGGCUGCCUUACUGUCACCCAAAAAACGACCUUGGCGAGAAAUUUGGAUUCUGAAGCAUGCGAUUUGGUUUUAAGGAAGGAAAAAGAGGUUGGUGUUGGGAACGGGAGACCUGCAGAGUGCCGUGAGGCGGCCCCAGGUCAGACCAAUGAUGACACCAUGGAGUGCGAUGGUAGGGCAGCGUCGGAUUCCGAUUGCAGCCACAUCGUCGUUUCCGAGAGGUCCCAGAUUUCGGAGGCGGCCGCAGCGAUGUUCGGCGCGAAGCGGCCCCGCCUCAGCGAGGGAUCCGAGGACGAAGACCGGGCGGUGUCCCUAGCGAUGGCAAGGUGGCGCCAGCAAGAAAAGAGGGCUGCGGCCAAAGCUCGGGCCAAGAAUAAGGAGGAAGACCUCGAGAAGGAAGCUAAGAUUGCUCGUUUCCGGCGCGAGACAAGGUCUGCGCUGUUUUCUCGACCUGCGGAAGGAACGGGAGAGAGAUGCGCCGCUCAGCUUCAUGAGCAGGUGCAGGAGGACCUGGAGAUUAUAAUGAAGGUGGCAACCAAGUCGUCCAACCUAAAGGGUACCUUUGUGCGGGCCUUGAAGGACGCUGCGGCAUCCAUCAAGGAAGCUGUGGAAGUCCUCGGGGCUCGCACACAAACGGAAGAGACACAGCAGCUGCAGGCAGACAAUGCCCGCCUGCGCGCCGAGAUGGACGCACUCCGUAAGGAGCUUGCUGCCAUCAAGGAGGACCUGCGGACACGGGGUUCCGCUGGCCAUUCCGACCCUGAUGUGACAAUGGAGGCCGCCCCCGCAUCACGGCCCCCACAAACACAAACACCGAGCGAGACGCUCUCCGUGGAGGAGAUCUGUCGUGCAGUGAUGGUUCAGGUCGGGGGGAUGAUGAACGCCCGCCUGGCCUCGCUGGAGGACAGACUUCUCCCGGAGAAGAACCUGCGGCCGCCUCUCGCGGCCGAUACGAGGAAGGACGGGAGCACAUACGCCGACAAACUUGCGCGGCAACAGACGGCACCCAAAGUGGCGGCUCAACCUGGCCCCAGCGGCACUCAAAGGAAAGCCCCAUCGGCGCCACACCAGCGCCCGUCGGGUCCUGCCCAGACCUCCUUACCCGCUAGCGGGGAAAAAGAGAAAAGAAAGAGGAGGAGAAAAAGGAAGAAGAAGAAGAAGAAAGACCCACCACCCGGGCAGCAGCCGUCGCAGCCCGCGGUUGGCGAGUGGACAAAGGUGGGCCCUAAAAGGCGGCCUCAGGUGAAGAGUGGUGCUGCAAAGCUGCAUGUGCCUCGGUCGUCGGCAGUUGUUAUUACGCUGCAGCCGGGCGCUGCGGAGCAGGGUGCCACCUACGCCAGCGUCAUUGCCUCGGCGAAGGAGAAAAUAAACCCAGCCGAGUUCGGAGCCCAGGGCGUUCGCCUUCGGAAGGCUGCCAAUGGGGGACGUGUCUUCGAGUUCCCGGGCGCCUCUAGUGGCGAGAAGGCGGACUCCCUGGCCCAAAGGCUCCGGGAGGUCCUGGAUGGUGGUGUCGUCCGCGUCUCCCGGCCUAUUAAGUCCGUGGCCCUACGGGUGGCAGGCUUGGACGACGCCACCACCAGUGCCGAGGUGGUUGCCGCCAUUGCUGCAGCGGGAGGGUGCCCCGCCGAGCAGCUACGGGCCGGCGCAAUGUCGACCGGCCGCGACGGACUGGGAUCAGUCGUGGUCCAGUGUCCCGUCGCGGCUGCAAAGAAGAUUGCGACCGUUGGCCGCCUACUGGUGGGUUGGGUGUCCGCCCAGGCCAGGUUGCUAGAUGCCCGCCCCAUCAGGUGCUUCAGGUGCCUGGCUCCAGGGCACAUAUCUUGCCAGUGCCAAGAGGGAGUUGACCGCUCCGGGCUCUGUUUCCGGUGCGGUCAACCAGGUCACAAGGCCCGCGGAUGCACGGCCGCGCUUCACUGCGUCGUCUGCGCCGCGGCUGGCGCCCCUGCGGAGCACCAUGUCGGGAGCAAGGCGUGCAUCCCCCCAUACAAUGGGAGGAGGAAAAAGAAGGGAGGAGAGGAAGGUCCGAGCCCGACGGCCGGUCAGUCCUCGACCUCAUCCCAACAGGCAGCGGCGCCGGGGGCUGAGGAGGUAGCUAUGGUCGUCGAAUAA